CAGGAUCUAGUUGUAGCCUACUGCAUCUGGCCCCCGGGUGCUUGUGUCGCUGCGUGAAUGCCGAUACUGUCUCUUUAAAUUUACCCAGGAGCCCCUUAAGGAGCCCCAGGGGCCCCUAGCACGGCUCCCCACCCUGAAGACAAGCAGAGCCUUAAAAUACAUACUGGAGGCCGCAACGGCUUACCACAAACAAGAGAGACCCAAACCCGCAAAUUCGAAGCAAGACAGAAGAACGACAGAAUAAGGUGCCGACAUGAAAAGUUAACUUGGCUUCAGAGCAGUGCGCGUGGGGGGGACGAAGUGGCACAUUAAAAAGACAACACGGGCACCCAAAGCGAUGGGUACGUUCAUGCUCUAGUUGCUGGCGAAACGCGUGCCGAAUGAUACUUCUAAAAUACCCUGCCUCACUGCUGUUUAAAGGCGAAUUGAAGGCACUGUUAAAUACGAAAACGUUGCAGAGUAAUGGAAGAGAAGGAGACGGGAGAGAGCGAGCCUGUGGACCUCCAGUGUGCUGAACAGACAGAUUCACUGGUCUCAUUAAUAAUAAGCGGAGAGGAGGAAGCGACGCAAGAACUGAGUGACUUGGGACACUGUUCAGGAGAUGAGGACAGACUGACCAAUGGCCAUGUGGAGGAAGACGGCGAGGGAGGGACGGUCACGGCGAUCUGCUCCCCCGGCACCACCUACUGGAGCGUCAGCGAGAGCUCAGACUCCCCCUUCCUCCUGUCACCUGUCCCAGGCCCCUCCCAGCGCAGGCCCAGGGUCAAGCAGGCCUCUCGGCCUGGCUUGAGCCGCAUCCCGGGCCGCGACCAUCGCCGCUACUACCACGAGUACUGGCGCAGCGAGUACCUGAUGGACUUUGACCCGCGGCGUCACGGGAUGAUCUGCAUGGUGUGCGGCAGCUCGCUGGCCACCCUCAAGCUGAGCACCAUCAAGAGGCACAUCAGGCAGAAGCACCCGGACUCGCUGCUGUGGAGCGCGGCCGACAAGGAGGUGAUCCGGUCGGGCUGGGAGAGCCACCUGAGUCUGGAGGGGGGCCAGAGGACGCUCUGCGCCCCCGGGGGAGCCUCGGACGCUCUGGGGCCACUGCAGGAGACACUGGACUGUGCUCGAAACUCCACUGGAAAGACUGACGGAGUGACCCCCAAAAUUCAGCCGCGCUCCCCCACCCCCUCUCCUCCCCCCCCAUCAGUCUCUGCGGACCCCCAGGGCCCGUCCGGGCCCUCGGCCCAGACCCUGGAGCGCUACCUGAACGACUCGCUCCACGCCUGGUUCCGCCAGGAGUUCCUGAUGGAGUACCAGGCGGAGGCGGGCCGGCUGGUGUGCAUGGUGUGCGGCCGCCCGCUGCCCUCCCUCCACCUGGACCACAUCAAGAGCCAUGUGCUGGACACCCAUCCCAACUCCCUGGUGUUCAGCUCUGAGGAGAAGCACUGCAUCCUGCAGACCUGGGCGCUGACCCACGAAUCUGACCCUCUAAGAGACUUCAUCAAAUCAGAGAACACCAAAGAGGAGAGUGAAACCGGAGGGGACUUCUUCCCUCCAGACAUGGAGACUAUCCAGAUUGGCUCUGACGUCUACCCUGACCCAGAGGAGGGCGACGGGGGUCCAGCAAUGGACCUUGGGGGUGAAGGUGGUGGAGUUUCAGCUCCAGAGCAAGGCACCCACCUUCUCCGCCAGCCCAGGAAACGUCGCCUGCGUGGGGGCUACCCCUGGCGGCUGCGCCUGGACUACUUGGUAGCGUAUGGACCUCAGGGACGGGGAACCUUCUGCAUGGUGUGUUCCCAGGCGCUGCCGGUGGCAAAGGUAAGCAGCUUCCGCAGGCACAUCCAGGACUGCCACCCAGAGACCACCACACUGAGCCGCCAGGAGAGGGAGGCCAUGGCCGAGGCCUGGACCAAAGACCCUGCUGCAGAGGACCAAGCCAUGCCCAUGAAAGAAGAAAUCUCCCCCAGCAACUCUCUGUCCCUGUCUGGUGUUAGUGAAACGGGCCAGCAGACCUUAACCGGUGACAACAACAACAACAGAACUCCAACCAAAAUGGCCACCGUGAAGAAGGAAGAAGGGGUGACCGGUGCGAAGUGCGCCACCACGCCCCCGUUCGGACGCCACGGGCACUACCCGGGCAAGGACCAGCGGAGGAACUAUCAGGUGCGCUGGCGCGUCGAGUACCUGAUGGACUACGACUGCAGGCGGCACGGCCUCAUCUGCAUGGUGUGCGGCGCCACCCUUGCAACCCUCAAGGUGAGCACCAUCAAGAGACACAUCCAGCAGGUGCACCCCCACUCCCUGGAGUACAGCCCCGAGGAGAAGCUGCAGGCUCAGCUCAGCUACAACCAGGCCCUGCACUUCGUCCACUCGGACGACUGCUUCUCCUCGCAGGACCACGGACACACUGCGCUUGGACAGGAGGCUGGACUCUUUGGCACUUAAGACUGACCCUCUGGCGACCGCGACUGUAGGAAUCGACCUGAAGUGAGCUGUACUGAAUGAAAUGGUAUAACGUGUGCUUGAGACAUCCUGCGUGGUGUUCAUGAACCAGU